AUGUCUUUUACUUUCCACCAGACUAUUCAUCUCUGGCUCGCAAGCCGACUGAUUUUCUUUGUUGUAUCACUGGCUUUGAAAGAGAUUAUAGUAAUGCCAUUUUAUAAAACUUUGCCUUGUGAUGUGAAUUAUGUAAGUGAUACUUCCAAAAUGUAUAUGCAAGUUGACUGCAGUGACCGUAAACUCAUACAGUUUCCAAAAGACAUUCCUACCAAUGUUACCAAUCUGACACUUGCUGUUAAUCAUAUUCCAAAGAUUUCAAAAAGCCACUUUAAGGACUUAAAAAAGCUUCUAGAAAUUGAUUUCAAAUGCAACUGUGUACCAGUCAGGUUGGGACCUAAAGAUCACGUUUGCACCCAGGGUCUGAAAAUCCAAGCUCACGCUUUCUCCAAACUCUCCAGCUUAAAAUCACUCUAUUUAGAUGGCAACCAGCUCUCAGCAAUCCCUCAACAUCUCCCACCUAACCUACGUCUUCUGAGUCUUGAAGCUAAUUCCAUUUUUUCUAUCAAGAAAGAAAAUUUGUCAGGACUUCAAAGCCUAGAAGUACUCUAUCUAGGGCAGAAUUGUUAUUACCGCAACCCCUGCAAUAUAUCUUUUGAAAUUAAUGAAGCAGCCUUUCAGCCUCUCACAAGUUUAAAAGUGUUGUCUUUGAAAGCCAACAAUUUAUCAAGGGUCCCACAAAACCUACCAUCAAACUUAAAAGAACUCUAUCUUUACAAUAACGCAAUUCGAACUAUCACUGAGCAUGAUUUGUCCUCUCUGAAUAAUUUGGAAGUACUUGAUUUAAGUGGAAACUGUCCUCGUUGUCACAAUGCACGAUAUCAUUGUGUUGAGUGCCCAGGACAGGCAAGCAUUUUUAUCAAUCCCAGAGCCUUUGACUCAUUAAAUCAUUUAAAGGUACUGAAGCUGCACAGCACCUCCCUUCAACGAGUGGACUACCAUUGGUUUAUAAAUACUAGGAACCUUCAAGUACUUGAUCUUUCACAAAAUUAUUUGGCUGAAGAAAUUCAGCAAGCCCAUUUUCUACAGUUUCUUCCUAAUCUUGUGGAACUUGACUUAUCUUUCAAUUAUGAACUGGGAUCAUACCCAUUACAUUUUAUUCUCCCUGAAACAUUUUCCACCCUUUCCAAUCUUCAGUCCUUAAGAAUAAGAGGAUUUAUUUUCAAAGAACUAAAUCAACAGACUAUACACAAUUUAAUUCCUCUUAAAAAACUUAAUGUCUUAGAUUUCGGAACUAAUUUUAUCAGGAAUGUUGACAUUGCUAUGUUUAAAGAAUUCCAGAGUCUUAGAACAAUAAUUCUUUCUUUUAAUAAAAUAUCUCUUUUUUCAUAUGAGCCAAAUAGCAGGCUUUACUCUGUUCUCAACUCAUCAGAUGAUCAGUAUAAUGGCAAUGUAUUGAUAGAUACACAGUAUUUCAGAUAUGAUGAAUAUGGUCAAAGUUGCAGAUCUAAAGAUACAGAGGAUAUUCAUUUUUUGCCUUUUAUCAAUGAGAUUGCAUGCAGCAACUAUGGAAAAACACUUGAUUUAAGCAGAAACAAUAUUUUUUUUAUCAAUUCUUCUGAUUUCCAGCAACUUUCAGACCUUAAAUGCCUUAACAUCUCCAAUAAUGCUAUGAGCCAAGCUUUGAAGGGAACUGAAUUUGCUCAUCUGUCCAGUUUGAAAUGUUUGGAUUUAUCUAAUAAUCGGAUUGAUUUGCUACAUGUGAAUGCUUUUCAACAGCUGAAAGAACUGGAAGUUCUAAACCUUAGUGAUAAUAGCUAUUAUUUUAAGGCGGAAGGUGUCACACUUAUGUUGGGCUUUACCAAAUGCCUGGUUAAUCUGAAAAUACUGAUUAUGAAUGGCAAUGAGAUUUCUGUAUCCACUGAUAAAGGGAUGGCAAGUGAUUCCAUCAAAACAUUAGAAUUUAGACGGAAUCGCUUAGAUAUUUUAUGGAAGGAUGGAACUAAUGAAUACUUGGCAUUCUUCAAGAAUUUGACAGCCCUGGAAAGUCUUGACAUUUCUGAAAACUUUCUGACUUUGUUACCUCAUGAUGUAUUCUACAAUCUGCCUCCAAAACUGAAAGUGUUAAAGCUGGCCAGUAAUCUAUUGAAGACUUUUAACUGGGGGUGUCUUCCAGCACUAAAGAAUUUGGAAGUCUUAGAUCUUAGCAACAAUCAGCUGACUACAGUCCCCCAUGAACUGUCCAACUGUACUAAGACUCUUCAGACAUUCAUAGUGCAAAACAACAAGAUCAGAAAGCUGACAGAUAAUUUUCUCAAAGAUGCUUUCUUCCUGAGGCAUUUAGAUCUUAGUUUUAAUAAGAUCAAAACAAUCAGGAACUCUAGCUUCCCCAAAAAUGUUAUUAGCAAACUAACAACAUUACUCUUAAACGAUAAUUCUUUCAAAUGUAAUUGUGAUAUUGUGUGGCUUGUCCACUGGAUCAAUGACACAAAAGUAAAAAUCCCUUUCCUAGCAACACAUGUGACUUGUGCAGGGCCAAGUGUAUGGAAAGCUAAAAGUUUGAUUUUAUUAGAUUUGCAUACGUGUGAAUCAGAUUUCUCUCAGAUCCUCUAUUUAUUGUCAGCUUCAUUUAUCAUAUUUCUCAUGAUAGUUCCAGUUAUAAGCCACCUAUAUUUUUGGGAUGUCUGGUAUAUUUAUCAUUUCUGCACUGCCAAAUUAAAGGGAUAUAAACGUCUCUUUUCAUCUGAAGUUAAAUAUGAUGCUUUUGUGGCUUACGAUAAUAAAGAUGCAUCUGUAACAGAAUGGAUCCUGAAAGAACUAAUUGAGAAACUCGAAGAUCAGAAAGAAAAAAAAUUCAAUAUAUGUUUAGAAGAAAGAGACUGGCUACCAGGUCACCCAUUUAUAGAAAACCUUAAUGACAGCAUACAAAUGAGUAGAAAAACAAUAUUUGUGCUGACAAACAGCUAUAUUGCAAGUGGCAACUUCAGAACAGCCUUUUAUAUGGCACAUCAGCGUCUUGUGGAUGAAAAAGUAGAUGUAAUUAUCCUGAUAAUUCUUGAGAAGCUUCUGCAAAUGUCAAAGUGUCUCCGUCUCCGGAAGACCUUGUGUAGUAGAUCUUGUCUUGAAUGGCCAACCAAUCCUCAGUCUCAGGCUUAUUUCUGGCAUUGUCUUAGAAACUCCCUAGCAGUAAAUAAUGAGUUUAGGUAUAACAAGCUUUUCAAGGAAAUGGUAUAA